AUGACUCUGCCAUAUAUCAGAGUAUUCAUCUUGCUCAUCGUCUUCUUCGCUUUCCUCUUCCUCUUCUUCGCUUCCCUCUUCCUCCUCUUCGCUUCCUUCCUGUUCUUCGCUUUCUUCUUCCUCUUCUUGUCCAUUUUCUUCUUCGCUUUCUUCCUCUUCUUCCUGUCCAUCUUCUUCGCUUUCCUCUUCCUCUUCUUCGCUUUCCUCUUCCUCCUCUUCGCUUCCUUCCUGUUCUUCGCUUUCUUCUUCCUCUUCUUGUCCAUUUUCUUCUUCGCUUCCUUCCUGUUCUUCGCUUUCUUCUUCCUCUUCUUGUCCAUCUUCUUCGCUUUCUUCUUCCUCCUCUUCGCUUUCCUCCUCUUCUUCCUGUCCAUCUUCUUCGCUUUCUUCUUCAUCUUCUUCGCUUCCUUCCUGUUCUUCACUUUCUUCUUCCUCUUCUUGUCCAUUUUCUUCUUUGCUUCCGUCUUCCUCGUCUUGAUCGCUGCCGUCUUCAUCUUCCUCCUCUUGGUCAGUGCUUUCUUCGCCUCCCCAUCCCUCUUGAUCAGUGCCUUCUUCGUCUCCAACUUCCUCCUCCUGAUUACUGCCAUGUUCUCCCCCUUCUUCAGCGCUAUCAUCAGUGACUUGGUCUUCGUCCUCGCUUUCAUCACUGUCAUCAUUGUUUUGAAGACAUCAGAAGAGUUGCACCGCCCGCUCCUACAGCUAAACCUGCAACACCAGCGGCUAUGGUUCCACUUCGACUGCUUUGGUUUUGGGACUGAUGACCCGGAUCUUGACCGUAGCCGGGCCAGGCUCAACUAG